UCGUUACUCGUUGACACGAAUUUGUUAAAGUAAACUUACUUUUUCGGAAAAAAUGGUUUUUUCUCCUUUACUCUUUAGUUAUUCUUUAAAAUAUUUUUGUUCGCAACAAAAUUGAUUCAUUUUGUGUCAAACUUCAUUGAAUUAUUUAGUUUCUUGCUUUGUAAUGAGUACAAUGUUAUUUUUUGUAAUUGUGUUUACAUUCGUGCUUCUGGUAUUUUCGAGUAUUUUCUGUUGGGUAUGGCUGAGAAAUCGAAAAGAAGAGAAUAGUAUCUGCAUUGUUGUUUUCGGAGAUAUUGGAAGAAGUCCACGAAUGCAAUAUCAUGCAAUUUCAUUCGCGAAAGAAAAUUUUGCAGUACAUCUUAUAGGUUAUCCCGGUUCAUCACAUUUGAAAAUAUUUUCCGAAUUUCCAAAUGUUAAAAUCGAUUAUCUUACAUCGCCACCAGAUUUGCAAAAUAAAGUAACACGUCUUGUUUCGUACGCAGUAAAAGUUAUUUGGCAAUCUGUGAAUCUUUCAUAUACUUUGCUUACUAAAUGUCGUUCGUCUCAUUUGAUGUUACAAAAUCCUCCUGCCAUACCAACGAUUCUAAUAUGCUGGAUUUUCUGCUUUCUUUCGAAUGUGAAAUUUGUCAUUGAUUGGCAUAAUUAUGCUUAUUCGAUAAUGGCCAUGAGUCUGGGUCGCAAGCAUUUUUUGGUCAAGCUUGCAAAAUUUAUUGAAUCGUUUUUCGGCAGGCAAGCUGAUUAUAAUUUUUGUGUCACCAAGGCAAUGAAAAAUGAUUUGCAAACUAAAUGGGGCAUAGAAGCGAAUGUUUUGUACGAUCGUCCACCAGAACGUUUCCGACCGAUCUCAGUGGAAGAGAAGCACGCACUUUUUUUAAUAUUGGGCGAAGAUUAUGAAAUAUUCCGAGGAGAGAAUGAUACAUGUACAUUAUUUACGGAAACUUUACCUAAUGGUGAAAUUCAAAUGCGUUCGGAUAGACCAGCUUUACUGGUUUCUAGUACCAGUUGGACGGAAGACGAAGAUUUUUCAAUACUUCUAAAUGCUCUUGAAGAUUAUGAAGCAUCUUGCAUAGAAAACGAUAUGCAACUUCCAAAAUUGUUGUGUGUGAUUACUGGAAAGGGACCAUUGAAAGAUUUUUAUAUCGCUUUAAUCGAGAGGAAAAACUGGCAAAAUGUAACAGUUAUUACACCUUGGCUUGAAAAUGAAGAUUAUCCCAAAAUCUUAGGUAGUGCAGAUUUAGGAGUUUGUCUCCACACAUCAUCAAGUGGUUUGGAUUUACCAAUGAAGGUGGUCGACAUGUUUGGCUGUGGACUUCCUGUUCUUGCCUACAAUUUUGAAUCUUUGGAUGAAUUAAUUCAACACGAUGAAAACAGUUUGGUAUUUUCUGAUGAAAACGAAUUGUCAGAACAAUUGAAAAUGUGGUUCAAGAAUUUUCCCAAUGACGAAAUACAAAAGGCAAAAUCGAGUAGAUUCAAACAACAAUUGGAAAAGUUCCGACUGAUUAGAUGGCAUGGCAAUUGGUCAGUCAUCGUAUUACCUUGCUUCAAGUGAUGAAAAUCUGAAAAGACUGCAAUACUCUAUUCCUCAGGUUUUUAAAUCCCAUCUUUUCUCAUCUAAUACGUUAAGUUUCGAUUUAAGUUAGAAUUUCUUUACGUUAACAAAAAAAGAAUUUCAAUUUUUUCUUAAGUCAAUUUUACAUUCCAAAUAUUUUUUCCUUUUUGGUAACGCAUUUGGCGUUUUUUUUUUAUUUUUGAAUUAUUACGUUAAAAAAAAUCUUAAAAAGUGUUUAUUAUGAUAACGUCUCAAAGACGAUUUAUCAUCAAAAAUUAGACCAAACGACUUUACUAGUCUCAAAUUUAAUAUAUAAAGAUAUAUUUGUAAUUUUAUAAAAUAUUAGACUAGUUGGAUAUGAAAACACUUGAAAUUAGAAAUUACGAAUCAAAAUACACACUGCAGAACGAAA